ACACUUGGUUGGUUGCAAUAAAAUAUCCAACAGCAUGCAUAAAGACAUAAUAGCUAAGAUAUAUAGUUGUAUGAUCAUUGUUUGAGAGAAAAAAGAGAAUUGCCUUCUCUAAAUUAUAAGAUGACUGAUUUGCUAAUGAGGUAAUUAAGAUAAUUAAUGCAUUAACCCGAUAGUAUCUGUAGCUGUUGUCACAUAAUAUAAGGGCUCAGAUGAAUUUAGGCACUGCCACAGGAGCAAAUACACAGUAUUUCUGCUUAUAGCCUUCAUUGUGUGCUGUGACAAAAGUAUUAGUGUUAAUAUGAACUCUCAGCUCUUGCUUCCCUUCUGAUCAUAAAAUAUCAUAAAACAGCAUAAAAUCCCAGUUUUGUUCAGUUACAUCCUUUGCAAAUUUGUCUUUUUAUGCUUGCUGCCAUGAAAUGUAAUAUCUACACUUGUGUCAUCUCAGGCAAGACUGUAACAAAUACCAGACCAGUUCAAACAUACAGGACGUACAUCAUCACACUACAAGGCACACACAUUUUAAAUAAGCAAUAUAAUAAGUUGACAUAACACAUAUGGGGCAUAUAUUCUUAUAAGAAACGACACAAGAAACACAAACAGUGCACCCGAGGAUCAGAGGGGUGAUACGGCAACUGCAACCUGACACCUGGCUGUUACCAUGGCACUGUCGAAGAAAAGCAAAGGUUGAUGGGAGUUUUGGAGUGUUAGAGGAACACACACGCAGUUUGUUCGAGGCUGUUUUAGCUCUGAUACUAGAUACUAUGUUUCUUCCUUGUGCUCUCUAGGAAACACUAGCCUCAGGGCAGGAAACAAGACAUGGGGGAUCUAACAUUAACACAAGUGUCUCCUCAUCUGUGUGCUGUUGAAGAGGGCAAGUUAGUAAGUAAAAGCAUCAGGUGUAAAAUAUUGAUGGGGCAACAGGUGUGAUCCUUAACGCCCGGCAGGUCUUUGCCCAUCUGAUCGAUGUAUCACACAGCGAGGGGCUGACAGGACCCCCGCCACAGGCCGAACCACGGACCUCAGCACUGAUUCACUGAGCCCCACUUCUCCUGGAGGAGGAGGAGGUGGAGGGGGCGGUGAGCGGGCAGAGGGAGGUCAGGGAGGCCAGCCGGUUGUCCGGGAGCUGUGGUUCAUCGUAGUGAUGACAGGCAUCGCCCUGCUGCUGCUGGCCGUCGUGUUAGGUGUCGUGCUUCAUAAGGUCCUGAACAAACCCCCCUUCACCAGAGAGAGACCCCCGCUGGUGGCCCUGCCCAUGCAGAAGAGGAGCCCCAUGGCCAUUUAUCCACCCAGCAACUCGGUUUUUUUUGACACUGUACCUGACACAACAGGCUUCUCCAACAGUGUAACACUCAAGGGCUUCACCAUAAAAACAGAGGAGGUGCUGGAAGCUAAAUGUGAGCCCGUCGAUGAGGUCCCACCGCAGGGUGAGCUGGGGAUCCUCAGCGUGAACUCCCUGAGGCGCAGCGUCAGCCAGGUGAUGGACGGGAAGUCCCUCACAGGAGACGACGAAGCGUGGGACCCAAACAUUUCCGGCCAUGACAGUGGGAUGUUUAUGGACGAUGAGGAAUUUGUUGACACCAUCAAAGGUUUCAGCACCGUGAGGAAGGAGCACACCAUGUUCACUGACACCAACCUGUGACCCGAGGAUGACCUUGUUUAACCCGACAGGACCACUGGCCAGCUCUCUAUGACUGGAAACUUUUGUAGUCAUCUACAUGUGUCUUUGGAUGCUUUUUGGUUAAUGGAAUAGCAAAACCUGUUGUGAACUUGCACUGUCUGUCCGAUGAAUCCAAGGAAACGUUAAUCCAUCUGGUGGGUGCAGCUUGCAAGUGCCAUUAUGUUCGUCAGUAGAGGACCAUGCACAAAACAGACUUUCUUCCCUCCUGUCUUGUAUUCUUGUAUUUUAAGACAUUUCACCAGAAACUGAAUGAUGAGGAAGACAUUACAAAGAGCAAAUUUUGUCUGGUCAGAUGAUGGUAUCCAACUGGGUAAAAUGGAAGACAAUAAGACUGUUCGACUGAGCGUUGAAUUGAGCAACUUUUACACAAAAACCUGAUUGAUUUCAAUAUUGAUAUGUACCGUUUGAUAUGAAGAUAAUUAAAAAAAAAAAAAGUGGACUGGAAGUGGUUGGUUGCUACUUUACUGGCAUAGUUUCCAUUAAAUCCAGCAAAUGAUUCACACAACCAGCUUCAGGCCUCAUUGUCCUCAGUGUAUAAGUUUGCCCUCAACAUUCAAGCAGUCUUGUGAAUUAUUCAAAUAUUCAUGAAUAGUUAUCAAGACACGCUUUCAUAUUCAUGUAUUUAAGUUUGAACAAGGAGAGCAAUUAUCAAAUUUCAUUUUUCAGGUUCUCUUCAGGUACGGGAGACUUUGUUGUAGGAGGUAAAAAAAGAACAAACUUUUAAAUGACUUUUUUUUUUAUCCUUUAUAACUCAUUUUUAAUGAAAAUAACUGUAGUAUCAAUGUCACUGUUCAGUUAAGCCAUGCAUGUUAUGUGUCAUGUUAGCUAAAAACAGGCCUGUUUUCACAGGACAGCAACAAUGUUUUGAUAUGCAUGGACAGUUUACGGGGACAGAAUGGAUCUAAUAAAACUGUGAUAAAAUAAUGUGUUUCACAAUUUACACACACACACACACACAGUUAGCCGAAACCACAUAAAAAGUCUUCACAUAUUAAUUUAUUUGAAAUGAGUUGCAAUGCAAUGUGGGCACAAAACACUUGUACCUUUACCGUCAAUAAUAUGGUUACAAAACAAACAUUUACAUAAUAAAUUAAUAUACUGUACUGCAGUACCACAUGAGACAGUAAACAUAAAACCCCAAACUUGGGAAUUAUAUUGCAUUAAAAACAAAAGGAGUUGGUUUAAUGUACAAAAAUUCUCAGGCAUUUACAAAGGCAGCCUCUUUUCCUGUUGCUUGUUUUGUUGUACAUAUAUAAAUAUAAAUCUCUAAAUUGUAGUUACACUGAUAUGUCUGCUAACAAGAGACUAGACGAGGGGCUCUGGCUUGAGGCAAGAUCCUCCAGUAAUCCUGCUGACUGCCAUUUCAUUAUAAAACAAAAGAUACCAUUUACACAGUUGGUGUCAUGACCAUUUUCAUUUAAGCUUUUCUAAGAUUUUGAUCAAUUGAUGGAUGGUUUCUUGUGAUGGUUCAUGUGUUUCCCUGCCACAAGCCUUCUGAUGUUUGCCUUUUUGAUAUCUUUUUAACAGUUUAAAUGAAAUGCAUAUUUGCUUUAUGUUUUUUCUGCAUUCCACUGCAACAUGCACUUGUCCCUUUAGUGUGAUAUUAAUAUGUCCGUAAACAAACAAAUCAAUCAUUGUUAGAAAUGUGUUUGCAGCAGUAAAGUGCACGUAGCACAUGCUAGGUUGUGAAUGUUUUCAAAAGCUGGGAACAGCAGAAACAACAAGUCCAUAUAAAAAGUUAAAUAUAGCACUACAAGCUUUUUUCUUCCUUUACAAAAGAAUAAAUGGACCCCUCAAAUUUAA